AAGACGGGUUCGGUUAGGUGUUCUGCUCUCUGCCAGUCUGGCAUCAGCUGAGACCGUGACCAACUAUAAGUAACAACCCAGGGUCGAAAGCUUCUGAUCGCGGCUCCUGGAAAGAGCGUCGCUCCACGAAUCGCGCGGGCUGGAGACCACAUCGUAGGCUACUGGGAAUUACCGGGAUGUCACGGGGGAUAAUAUCGGUAAUCAUGCGCCUUAUCGGCGCUUCAGCGGCAAGGUUUGCGGAGAGAAACGAGGAGGAGGAAGAGGAGAAGGAGGAGGAGGAGGGGUAGACAGCCCUGGCAGACAGGUGCGACUCCGCAGCCCGUUUCAUUUUUCUGCGCGGUCCUGUAAAGUAGUGGAGCCAUGGAUACCCGCAAGGAAAAGAAGGUAAGGAAAGCCAUGAAACCCAAAACGACGAAGCGCAAGGAGAAGCAACACAAAACCGGGAGGUUUGGCAGAAAGAGAUCGCUGCGAUCUUUGGGGAAUUUCAUGGGGAGGAUCCUUAAAACUUUGGGCACUUUGGCGCACUUUGGCGACGCGGAGCCGCCGAACGCGGAGGACGACGACGGCGGCUUCGGGCCAGGCGCGUCGGGGGGUUUCAAAGACGACGGCGCGCCGCCGGUCGCCCGGGAGGGAGCCGCGAAGAAGAGCUCCGCGGCGUCCUCCUCGCACGGCUCGGUGAAAGGCAGACUGUCGUGGUGCUACGGCGACAAGACCCCCGGGGUGCUGGGGCUGAAGAACCACGGCAACACCUGCUUCAUGAACGCCGUGGUCCAGUGCCUCAGCAACACGGACCUGCUCGCCGAGUACCUCGGGCUGGAGCAGUACAAGUCCGAGGGGUGCCACGGGAGGGUGAACGGGGGGGCGAGAGGCGACGAGCCGCCGGCCGCCAGGGGAGAGGUGACCGAGCAGCUGGCGUCGCUGGUUCGAGGUCUGUGGACCCUGGAGUACACCCCGCAGCUGUCCGUGGAGUUCAAGAGCAUGGUGGCCAAGUACGGCUCUCAGUUUCGGGGUAACUCUCAACACGACGCCCUGGAGUUCCUCCUCUGGCUCCUGGACAGAGUUCAUGAAGAUGCCAAUCCCAGCCCCAACAACAACAACAACACUAACAGCAGCAGCAGCAGCAAGACCAAAGCCACCGCCAAGGGACCCAGCUCGUUGGAGGACCCAUCCAGCCCCAGUUCAGCCGGCUCGCAGCAGCCUCGAGAUCGACACAGCUUUGUCCACGAACACUUCCAGGCUCAGUACAGGUCUUCUCUGACGUGCCCUCAUUGCCUUAAGCAGAGCAACACCUUCGACCCAUUUUCAUGCAUCUCCCUGCCUAUCCCCCUACGACAAACCAGGCCGAUGUGUGUGACGCUGGUGUUCAGUACGAAGGGUCAGAGGUACCUGCGGGUGGGGCUGGCUGUACCCCUCUUUGGUUCCCUGUCCUGCCUGAGAGCCAUGGUGGCAGAGGAGGGCAACAUCUCCCCGGACCUGGUCAUCCUUUCAGAGUUGUACUCCACGGGUUUCCAGCGUUCCUUUUCAGAUGAUGAUGACCUGACAGCAAUCACUGAUAGCGACGUCAUCUACGCCUUUCAGGCUCCUCCCUAUGGUCGUGGAGGCUCCGCACCGCACUCAGGGUAUCACCACAGCCUCCCCUCCUCCCCCUACACCUCCACGGCUGGACCUGGCAGUCAGAGGUUACCGCCGUCUGGCACGCUCUCCUCUGAAUACCUGAACCAGGGCGGCCCCACCAAGGUCCUCCUCGUCAUCUGCAACACAGCAGGAUCUGGCCAGCAUGCCGUCAGGUUUGGACCUCCAUUCCUCAUGCGCGAGGACAGGAGCGUCUCCUGGGACCAGCUGCAGCAGAGCAUCCUCAGCAAGCUCUAUUAUCUGAUGCUGAAUGGAUCCCAGGCUCAGAAGGCUGGUGGGCUGUUUAAGAUCAGAGUGGUGGGAGGAUCGGACGCCUACAGCUACCUGUCCCCACAGGACAGCAGGCCGCUGUACCACCCGACGGUUGACAGAGCUCUGAAGUUCAGCGGCCCCGGUGGACCUCCUCACGUGAAGGUUGUCAUUGAGUGGGAGACUACGACCAAAGAAUGUCUCUUUGGCAGCAUCCAGGAGGAGGUGAUCAAGGACGCGGAGAGUGUGAGGAGCCAGCAGCAGCAGCACCUGCAGCAGCACAGCUGUACGUUGGACGAGUGCGUUCAGCUGUAUACCAAAGAAGAGCAGCUUGCCCCGGACGACGCCUGGAAGUGUCCGCACUGUAAACAGCUUCAGCAGGGCAUGGUGAAGAUGAGCCUGUGGACUCUCCCCGACAUACUCAUCCUCCACCUCAAGCGCUUCCGACAGGUCGGCGAGCGAAGGAACAAGCUGUCGACCCUGGUGCGCUUCCCCCUGACUGGUUUGGACAUGGCCCCCCAUGUGGUGAAGAGGAGUCAGAGCAUGAGGAACCUGAACUUAGGGGCCUGGCCACCGCCCUGGAAGCAGCCGUCAGGCCAACGUCACCAACCUGCCGACGUGAUCCUCCCAUACGACUAUCUGUACGAUCUCUACGCUGUGUGCAACCACCACGGAGGAAUGCACGGAGGACAUUAUACUGCUUACUGUAGGAACUCGGUGGACGCGCAGUGGUACAGCUACGACGACAGCAGCGUGGACCCGGUGCCAGAGGAGGAAGUGUGCACCAGAGGAGCCUACAUCCUUUUCUACCAGAGGCGCAACACCAUUCCUCCAUGGUCGGCCAGUUGCUCCGUCAGAGGGUCCACCAGUUCAUCAAUGUCAGACCACUGGCUAAUCCGGCUGACAGGGGAUAGCAAGAGAGGCAGCAUGGUCUCUCGAUCCUCCACCACCUGCCCGUCUUCCUUACCUGACUCGCCUGAGUCUCCGGUCUUCCUUGAAAAUGGUUCUAAAGAGGAAAGAGGGGGUUUCGAGAGCAGGCCCUUUAUCAGGGGUCUUCAGGGACGCAGCGUGAGCAUGAGAGCCCCCAGCAAGACCAAGGACACCCUGAGCAAAGUGUUCCCCCUCCGCUGGUCCUUUGGUUCAAAAGACAGACGUAAACCGGACCCAGUGCCUCCCUCAGUCCAAGAUCCUGCGCCUGCGGAGCUGGUGCAGUACUUGGAAUCUGGCCGGCGGCCCCGGUGCACAAAGGAUCCAAUAGUGACAUUGAUGAGCGAACCGCGCAGGACAAAGGAAACUGCCGAGGGCCGGGCUUCAGCCAAUGUCCGAUCUGCGAGCGUUGGGAGCUUAAGUUGCAUCAAUAGGGCAGUGGAUGAGCUGCCUCCUGACUCUACACAGAUCCCGGAGGGUCAGAGGAGAGCAUCAGAUAAGACAGCCAGCUUGAGACGCAGGAAGGGGAGCCAGACGAGAGAUGAGAUGAGCAGCAGCUCUGGUAGUAACACCCUUACCAGCAAGAAGGAGGCCAGGAGACAAAGCUCCUCCAAAGCCUCCCAGGACACUACUGAGACAAAAAGGAGUUCCAGUGCUGGAGUUCAGCCCAGCUACAGCACUCCUAGCCUUCACGAUGGGACCCUGAGAAGACCAAAAGGGGAGAGGGCUGAUAAGGAACACCACGGUGCAAAUGAAGAAAACUCGAAGACUAAGAAAGGAGAAGUGCCCAAGAACCACGAGGGACUGCUCUCCUUUUUUAAAGGUAACUUCCUGAAGAAGGAUAAGGACUCAAGGAAGUCCAGGGAGGGAGAGUCAUGGAGAGAAGGAGGCGAGGAAGGAGGCAGAAGGACCCUAGCGAGGCUGUCGUUGUCCAAUGGAGCCGUGGGAGGAGGAACCGGGGUGGAAAGAGGCAAGUCUAACGGCCCGGGCCAUCUGCGAGAGGAGCUGGCGAAUGGGAAGAUGGGACCAACCUCGGCGGACAUCAAGCGCUCCCAGAGCUCCUCCAACAUCCCCACCAAAGCGGAGCAGAGCAUGCGCAGGACAGCGUCUUUGCAUCGCAACGGGAUGUCCAGAGUCCCGGCGCCAGCCCCGGCGCCACCGCGCAGCCUGACGACAGACAAACCGUCUUACGGCACCCUGCAGAGGGCCCGUUACAGCACCACCUCGCUGGGACGCAAAAGGACAGUACCCGAGUCCAGCUUCUGACACGGGGGCACUCGACACGACGCACAAAGCCUUUUUUGAUCUGUUAUGAAGUCAAUGGCGUUCGAUCCAAGGGAUGAAAGCAAUAGAGCUCAAUUCAGAGUGGUAGGUCUUUUUAUGUCUCCAGAAAAUGAAGGGGCUCAAAGUGGCCUGCAUUAUGGAGUUGAGAGACACGUAGCAAACGAAGGGUCCUGUUGUGCUGGGGUAUAAUCAGCAGAAGGAGACGAUGCGACCUGUCCAUCAAACGUAUUCUGUUUUUUUUAUGACUCAAAACAAGUGCCUGAGCAACUAAUAUGCAGUUUAGACCAAUGAGUUUGUCUGUUUAGCACUGGAAGUACGAUAUUACGCAAACACACACACACACACACAAGCACAUUAUCUACAUUUGUGUCUUAUUACUGCAGUGGGAGUACUGGAAAUGAUCACUCCGUGUUGAACUCUCAUGUUUGUCUGCUUACGAGCAUGACGCACUGAUUGUGUUCAUUUAUAGGAAUGUAACGUGUCCACUUGAUUAGGUGAGUCGCUUUGAGGGCGAAGUUUCCAAUUUCGAUGAAUUAUUCAUCUUUCAUCCGGUGUUUAAUGUUGGUUUGGAGUGCAGGUUGGCUGGUGAAGGAUUGACCAGACUGCAGUUGUUAACCCUGCACUGGUAAGACCAGGACCACUAACUUCAAUUAUUAUUAUUAGAGUCUGAACAAAUUUGUUUAACAUUUAACAGUUAAAAUGCCUAAAUUAAAACAAAUGUUACACAGAAAUAAAGUGAACUACAAUAAAUGAAUAAUAGUGGACAGUUGAUUGUUUUUCCAUUUGGCAUUGACCGUGAGUCUCAGUGCUCAUGGAAACAAAAAACGUUAAUUCCGUUAUUAAAAACUAAGAAGUUUAAUGUGAUAAUGUGAUUUAAUUUAAUUAUGACGCAGUAGAUGCACUCGUGAAAAGGAAAUACAUACCACAAGUAUUUGGUAUUUCACCUAAUUUCUUUGUGACAUGGGUUUUCAUUUUGACACUUUAAAUCUACCAAUUAGUGAGAACUGGAAUGUAUUUUGUGAAUCCAGCAUAGUAUUAUGAUAAAUUAUGGGGGCACAUCUAAGCAUGUUUGGUAACACUUUAUCUGAAGGGAGUAUUUAUGAAUGUUUGACUGUUGUCAUUGACAUUUGUCAAUUACAAAAUUUUUAAUGAAAGUUGUCAUUGUAUGAAAUGUCUUGACAACGAGACAUUAACCAAGACAAACAUGCUAUAUCAUCAUCAUAUAAUAUUUACGUGUUAACAUUAGGCCAGAAUCACAAUUGGAUGGCAUAGCUACAUGUCUAACUGAGCUAACGGCGGCUACAGUUAUUCGUGGUGCAAACAACACUUUGGGACACAAGCUCUAAAACGUUGCAUAUUAGAAUAAUGUGUCCACAACGACAAAGGAUCCUAGUUGGCUUGACCAAAGACUCCACUGUAGUUGAGGUCAAGGAAGAUAUUCACGACACAAUUAUAAUGGUCUCAUAACAACCAAUCAACCAAUGUACAAACCGACCACAUAUGGAAGUUAAACCUUUUUUUUUACGUGAGGUGUGCGUAUUCCACAGAAAUAAGUCCUUAAGUCCUUUUUUUUAACUAGUGAUAUACAGGAAAUUGCUUAACGACCAGCAGUGAGAGUUGGCAGCUUGGUUUUGAGAGUUCUGGCAUUUAUUUGUUCAGUACCAGCUGGCGGUUGCUUAGUAACUGUAUCCCUUACAUAGCCUUCUGUAGUCUGUAGACGUUUACUUACCAUGAUAGGCUACACAAACGAACAUCUGCAAACAAACCUCGGCGCACAUCAAGCGCUCCCAGAGCUCCUCCAACAUCCCCACCAAAGCGGAGCAGAGCAUGCGCAGGACAGCGUCUUUGCAUCGCCAGUUAAAAGAUGCAUGCCAUUAGGUCGUCCUCUGGUUUCUGGCUUUGAGAGAGAGGAGCUCAGGUUCACCAAUAUUGAUUGAAGGGCCCAGGAAAUAACCUCUAGAAAUUCAUUUAGGUGGCGUUCCCCUUGGUUAAUAAGGGUGGCUGAGAUUUCCACAAACUGUUUUUUUUAAUAGGCAUCUAAUGUUUCUCAUCUUAUCACGUACAAAGCCGAAUAUGUUGUUUUGACAAGUAAUUCAUCUUCCCUAUCAAAAUCAUUUUAUAUAUAUAUAUAUGCAACAAGUGACUCACGCACAACCUUCACACGUUUAUUUCUACCAACACUUUAUGUAAGAUCUACGUUUGUUUGAGGCCGUCUCAAGUAAGCAAUAAGAGUUGAAUGUCUUCAUUUAAGUUGCUGUUAAUAAAACGUGUUCUUUGAGUAUGCGGUCAGGCCCGGCAGCUUCUGUUGAAUACAAUUAAUAAACUGGACUACACUAUUAAUACCACAAAAUCCGACGCUUAGUUUUCACCUUGAAACGUCAAAUGGGAUUGACGGCAGCUGCUAUUUCGACAUCCCCCUCUGAUUUUAACAAAACCGUAUAAUUGGAUUCGCAAAGGCUGUCACUCUCAAUCGAAGACACAGGUCGCAAAAGAUACAGAACAAGAGGCAUCUGUCACAAUAAUCACCCGUUAUAAAAGAUAACACACUGUAGCUGGAGAUUUGUGCUCACAAUACACGUUCCUCUCAACUAGCAGUGCCGUGAUGGCAGCUGUGGCUUUGUUUUGAUCACAAUAAUCGAUGCGUUCAGAAUCUGCUCGAUACUGUUCCCCACGCCAACAUUGUGUGCUUCUUAAUGUUUAAAAAGUAAUUGUGUAUUGUAACAGAGAGACAAGAGCUAUGUGAGAGAGAACUAAAAACUCACUUUGAAACAGUUGCUUCAACUUAGAUAUCUGAGCCAACUUUAUGUUAUAAUGGCUAUGAUCAAAACAUGUUUUACAAAUAAUUUACUGGACAGAAUUUCAGUCACUUUUCCGAAUUAAUUCACAAAGCAUUAGAUUACAAUUUAUUUGAGAGAUACAUUUUGAAAGUAAAGUUUAAAUAGGGACACAAAGUCUGUUUUGCGUUCAAAAUGUAUUACGUUUGCUUCUGUUUUAACUUUGCAUGGCUCAAUCCUCAUACACACAAUGUUUACUCUGCCAAACUGAGCACGCCUUUGUUAACACAGUUUUGUUGUGAAAUAUGGGUUGAAGAUGUUUGUAUAUGCAAUUUUUUCUACAUUUUAUUAAAAUAAAUCUGUAUAUAUUUAUGGAUACACAUAUGUGUGUGUGUGUGUGUGUGUGUGUGUGUGUGAGAGAGAGAGAGAAUAUAAGCGUAUUAUCAUUGAUGGUCAACCUGUGUGGUGUAGUGCUUAUGGAACAAUAUGCCACGGUAUCCAACUGUAACCCAGUCGCCAGAACCUUUUUUUGACAUCGUAUGUUUCUGUAAACCACGUUUCAGAACCAUAAAUAUGUUCCAUAAAUAAGUUUCAUCGAAACGCACACGUGGUUAAUGAUCGUUGACAGAACUUCUUGGUUAAGAUUAGAAAAAAGAUCUUUGUUGAUAAAGGAUCCAACUUUAGUACAGAACAAAAAUGAUGCCACAACAGCGGUCUGCUGGGUGAAAGGCGGAACGCAACACUUUUGAUGAAUGCCAACAAUGUUUUCCUGGAAACUGAACUCACAUGCAAUGUAUUCCAUGUUUUACCUGCUUUCACUGUAAAACAACAGUUUCUGCCUAAAUUGUCUUCUGUACAUGAUGGUACAUUGUUUUA